CUUCCCCCACCGGUCAACCUUUUCCUCUCUCUUUCCUCCACUUGCUCUCUUUUCCCAGUUCCUCACAUGGUUUGUCUUUACAUCACUAAAUCCAAAAACAAACAAAUACUAACACAACUUGACACAUCUUGCUUUCCUCUCUCUCUUUAAUUUCUCACACACCAUAGAUAUAUUCUUCUGAAUACUAAGCUCUCAAUAUAUAUCAUUCUUCUGAAUAAUACAUGAGAUAUUAUUACGAGCUCAAUAUAUACGCAUAAUCAUGGCUACUCUUCAAUCAGAUCAACACAAACAGCUAAAGGAAAUAUUCACGCGAUUUGAUCUUGAUCGUGAUGGCAGCCUCACUCAGCUAGAGUUAGCCGCUCUCCUCCGUUCACUAGGCCUCAAACCCACAGGAGAUCAAAUCCACAUAUUGUUAGCCAACAUGGACAACAAUGGCAACGGAUUCAUUGAAUUCGACGAACUCGUAAAUGCCAUAUUACCCGACAUGAAUGCAGAAAUCUUGAUAAAUCAAGAACAACUCAUGGAGGUUUUCCGAUCGUUUGAUCGCGACGGUAACGGCUACAUCACGGCGGCUGAGCUGGCUGGAUCAAUGGCUAAAAUGGGACGUCCGUUAACGUAUAAAGAGUUGUCUGACAUGAUGCAAGAAGCUGACACGAAUGGUGAUGGUGUUAUUAGUUUUAAUGAGUUUGCUAAUAUUAUGGGAAGAUCUGCAGCUGAUGUUCUUGGCUUAACUGUCUCCUAAUUAAAUGGUCGUUUAUUUAAUUACCGGUAUAUUAGAGCGGUUUUCCGGUAUGUUAAUUAUAAGGUGGUUUUUUUGGUCAUUUUCAUCUGACGUGGUAUCAUUAAUUAACGUUAACAGUUGUCGUUGGUUGAUCGACCGUUUGUAGAAGAUGAUUUUGAUGGUUUUAGAUUCGGUCCAAUUGUUGACCUUUGUGGUGGUGUUAUUGUAUUUUGUGCAUUGAUUUUUUCUUUGCGCCUUCUUCUUUGUUUCUUUUAGCUUUUGUGUAUUUUUGAGGUCAGAUUAUUGGACCCUUUAAUUAUGUGUAAUGACCAAAUAUUGUAGACAAGAAUUUGACAAUGUCAAAGUAUUUUGAGGUUAUGGGAGCCUCAAUUAAUGUAUAUGAUUCAAGAAGAUUCCCCCAAAUUUAUCUUUUUAA